AUGCCGCGUCAGCCGUGCAUCCGUGGCACCACCACCAGCUCCCCUAACACCACCGCCCGCGUCCGCCGACUUCCUACCUCGUCUUCGUCAACGCCUGUCGGAUGUCGCGUGUGCCACUCGGCGGAGGGCGGCCCUCUUCGCCGCCCUCCCGGAAGCCGUGGCGCGGGCGCCGCCCGCGGUGAUCCGCCGGCCAGCGUGCCCGCGCCACACUCUUCGGACUGCCCUUUCUCGCGGCUCUCUGACGCCCUGGCGGAGCUGAGCGGCACCCAUCCUGUCCCCCUCAGGUUCUGGCCCUGCCCAUCUAGUCCGUCCCUAUCACCCCGCGCCUCCUUCGCCCCUGCCGUGUUGGCCCCUCCGCUCCCCUUCGCCGCGCCUCCCUCCGCUCGCUAA